AGGCGGUGGUCGAUGUCGUCGAACUAUCUGACAGCGCCAUCUCAGCGUACACCUACGAGCGAACGUUAAAGAUGGAAGAACGCAGUCGUCUUGCCGCCGGCUUGCAACUCUCUGCCAGGGAGCUUUCAGUUCAGCCUCAAUUACUUGCUGACCGUUACCACAGUCAAAAUCGCGAACGAAACGCAGUCAACGAAAAGGAAGUGCCUAACGCUGCACUCGAAGAAAUAACAGAGCAAGAGCCUAUGACCACUGCCGACGCUGCAGCAGGAUAUCAGUCGAAUACUACCGCAGUGAAGGAGACCGAUGAGGAGGUUGACGAAAGUGAGGAAGUGCUAAACGAACUGGCCAAUCAGUUCACGUUCAGUCCGAGUGAGAAGCAGCUGCGGUUGGAGGAAGAGAACCGCCGGUUCCAGCGUCGC